CCUCGGUUAACUUUUGAUGCAAAGAUGGCUGGAGCUAGCACCGGGUCCAGAGAUAAUAUCCCCGAUUAUGAGACCGCGGAUCUGAACACUCGGGCUUUCCACGUGGGCGCUUUUGGGGCUCUUUGGAAGGAGGCGCUGCGCGAGGAAGACGUGUCUCUCCAGCAGGCGGAACCUGCGGACGACGAGGCGGCGGUGAUGGAGGAUUUUCUCUGCACCCCGGAGAUCGCGGCAGAGCUGAAGGCUGUGUGCAGCAUUGCUGCACUGAAGAGCUCUGAUAAAGAAGAUCCAGAAGCGAUACCUGAAGAUACCAACUUAAUAACUCUUAAAAUUCGGCAGAAAGCUCUGGAGAGGCGAGAAGAAACCAUCCUUGUUGAUCGUGCAUGUAGACAAGAAACAUUUAUUCAUGAGAUGGAAUCUCAUGCAAUUGGAAAAAGGCCAAAAGAUCCUGUAAAUAUGGUUGACAAAGCUGAACUGGUUUUAACUCUCAACAUUUUUUAUCCAGUUAUAUUUCAAAAGCAUAAGCUCCGGAAGCCAUAUCAGACACUGUUGGUCCUAGGGAGCCAAAAACUUACCGAGCUCCGAGAUUGCAUUUCCUGUGUCAGCGACCUUCAGAUUGGUGGGGAGUUCAGCAAUAAUCCUGCUCAGGCCCCAGAAAAUAUCAGCAAGGAUCUCUAUAAGUCUGCCUUCUUUUACUUUGAAGGUGUUUUUUAUAAUGACAGCAGGAAUGCUGAAUGCAGAGAUUUGAGCAGGACAAUUACUGAGUGGGCAGAAUCCCGUGAGCGAGGUUAUGGAAAACUUCAGGCAACUAAAAUGGAAGACUACACCUUUAAUGAUUUGGACAUAAAAAUAGGUUUCCCGUACCUUUAUUGUCAUCAAGGAGAUUGCGAGCACAUUGUUAUUAUCACAGAUAUCAGGCUUAUUCAUCGAGACGACUGCCUAGACAGAAGCCUCUAUCCCUUAUUAACCAAAAAACAUUGGCUAUGGACUAAAAAGUGUUUUGUGUGCAAAAUGUACACAGCCAGGUGGGUAACGAAUGAAGACAGCCUUGCUCCACAAGAGCCCUCGUUCUUUUGUGAUGUCUGCUUCCAAACACUGCAUUAUGAUGCAGAUGGCAACAAGUUGGGAGUGUUCCUUGCCUACCCUUACGUUGAUCCAGGGAUUUUCAACUGAGCUGAAGAAGAAAGAAGAUCAAAUAAUAUGGUAUCAUCUAUUUUAGUACCCGUUGGAACAUGAAUACUGUGAUUAAGCAUUGGAGAACUUUUUUCAGGAUUUCUGCUUUAUGUUUACACACACACACACACACACACACACCCAUGUAUUCCAUUUUAUUUUUACAUAUUGAUCCUUGUCCUAGAUAUAGUUAUUCAUAAUCUUACUUCAUUUCAAAGGGCAAUGAAAGCUGAACUCUCUUGCCUUUACACUAAGUAUCAAAACUGAGGCAUGUCAGAAAGUCAAUUUCAUCUCCCUCAUAUAAUCCUUUCCUCCAGAAGAAUUCCUUGGCGGAGAAAAGACCAAUGAUCAGCGUGGUGUCCCUGCUCCAGUUUGCCAUCCUGGAACAAUGGAUUCUUAUUCGUGUUUGUAUUAUUUGUUUUUUGAAGGGCAAAACAGAGCUUUUUGAAGGAUAUUGUCACAUUGUUGGGUUUUUUUUGUUGAGUUUUAAUAUUAACUUUGUUAAUGUUCUCUGUAUUUUAUUUAGCAACCAUUUUUUUUUAUACUAACACAGCAUUUCAGGAUCACAAAAUUGAGUUUGAUGCUUGGAUUUCUCACAGGUUGUGGCUAAGAGUCUCUUAUGCUUCUCUCUGUGAGAAAUUAGGCAUUGCUAGGUAGAUGAUAUUGCUGUGCGGCCACAGUUAAUCCUGCUAUUUCACAUAACUCACUUCUUUUGAGAAUGCAUGUGCAUCUCAGCUGCACCUUUCAAGUAUAUUUAUUUAAAUAUAAAUGGAUGUGGGGACCUUUUUUUAAAAAUAACUUGCCUCCUUGGACUAUUUUCCUAAUUUCCUUUCUAUCCUUUCUGUGGUUCUCUUGCCACUAGUGCCUGUUUUUUUUCCUCCCAAACCAUCCCAUUUCCUUAUUUGUCCUUUAUUCCUUCUCACUUCCUUUAUACUUCUUUCUCAUAGGCAUUCCCCAUCUAUUUUUCCUUCUGCUCUUCCAGGUUGCCUUCUUGAUUAAGUGCAGAACCUUUGUAUAGCCUCUGUGGAUAUCCAUGACCCCCAGAUUCUUUCCAUCUUACAGAUGUUACGCCAUAUGUGCUGAUUCUUACAUUCAUGUUUAAUAUAUUAAACUGUGUGCAAUAAAAUGUUUUG